AUGAGGUCAUACACUCAAACCGCCGCGAUUCUGGCCGCACAUCUCUUACGCUUGGCUGGGGCGGUCGAUGUUCAACAGAACUACACAAUAUGUAACUGGGCGCGGUUACGAGCUGGGGCUGUAAGAGAUUCAAUAUAUCUCGAUGGCGGUCUUCUUUGGUGGCAGACUGCCUUCGCUGAUGGUACCACCCCAGUGGUGAGUAGCGAUGGCAAUGUUGCGGGCGACAUGUUCCGUUUGAACUUUUCCACUCCGUUCGAUACGACAAAGACAAAUACAUCGGACCUGUUCAAGAAAAUGUCAAAAGCUGGAGGAGCCGGAAACAACAUUGCCCCUAACUAUAUCGACGGCACAAUGUUUACAAACGAUGGAGAACUCUACCUCUACGGUGGACUUCCACGUCUGACCGAUUCUGCCUCGCCUCAAAGCGAGAGCUCCGUCCUGGGUUAUGAAGCUUUUCAAUAUGGUGCAGAUCGCCCAAGUUGGUCACCAGGAUUCUACCAGGGUAAUCUUCCAAAUGAUGUGAGUCGGUAUGUCACCAACGGUGCAGGUACUUCUGCACCGAGUGAGAAUCUGGGCUUUUACUUCAGUGGAAUGAGAGCGCCAGAUUGGGGUCCUAUAUACUACGAUGAUAACUCAGCGAACAUCACCGCAAACACCCUCAUUACCAUUGACAUGUCAACCAUGAGAAGUGAAAAAUGGACCAACACCACCCUACCUGAUAACAUACCACCUCGGGCAAAUGCUGAGUUGGCCUGGAUUCCAGUAAGCGAGAAAGGUGUCCUAGUGGCUAUUGGGGGUGUAACUGCCCCUGAAGAGAUCUGGUCCACUGGGCUUAAUGACUCACAGACCUCACAAAGUCAAGAACAAAGUCCUGGUUUCAUGAAAUCUUUACCUGUCUAUGACAUCGCAUCCGGGGAAUGGUAUCUGCAGAAUACAACUGGCGAAGCUCCAGGACAGUUGACAGAGUUCUGUUCUGUUGUUGCGCCCGCAAAAGACUCAUCCUCCUUCAACGUCUACAUCUAUGGAGGUUAUGAUGGGCUGAACGCCGGUGAUGUUCCAUCAGAUGAUGUUUGGAUCCUUUCGAUCCCUUCAUUCAACUGGAUCAAGGCAUACACUGGUACUCAAACUCACGGCCGAUCGGGGCAUUAUUGUGUCUCUCCCUAUCCGGAUCAAAUGCUCGUUAUUGGUGGCGUUUACCAAAACCAAGCUAAUUGCGUGGAGGGCGGUAUCAUUCAAGUGUUCAACCUCAACACAUUGCAGUUCCAAAAUACCUAUGAUCCGGAGACCUGGUCUGACUAUGAAGUACCAAGUGUCGUGUCCAAGGUCAUCGGAGGUGAUAGCUCAGGUGGAUCAAGCACUAAUGCUUCUUGGUCCAACAAUGCUCUCGGAGGCAUAUUUGCUCAAAAAUAUUCUAGACAGGUAACUCACUACUACCCCUAUGAAUCCGACAAUAGCAGCAGCAGCAGUACAAAUGGGACUGUCGACUCCCCACCCACUAGCGGCAGCUCAGGCAUCACCCAAGGAGCGAUUAUCGGAAUCAGCGUUGCAGCCGCGGUCAUAGUUCUCUUUGUCGUCAUUCUCUGCGCACUGUUGAUCCGAAGACGGCGCAUCAUUCGUAGCACGUCGUCCGAGAAAUCUGUCGCCUCGGGUAACAGUAGAGUCAGUCGCUGGCUCAACGGCGCAUCCUUUACAGGAGGAAAACCCAAGCACGCAUCCGUCUCUCCACCACAUGUGACACAGUCAGCUCACUACGCCCAGAUCUCGGAAGAGUCCACACCACCACUCCAACCGCAGCGUCAUGAAAUGUCAGGUACGGAGAGACCCAAGCCUCCCUAUGAGCUGGCAACGGAUUACAACGAUCAGCAACAUCCACGCCAUUCCAACGCUGCGGAUUACGCCUACAACGCCAACUACGGUCAUACACACUCAGACAAUUCCAAUUCUAACACAACCUCAUCUGGUUCAUAUCGCCCCUCGCCAUUGCACAGCGACAGCCUGACUGGUGCUUCACCCUUACGAAAUGUAAGCAAUGUCGGCCCUGGAGCAGCCACAGCAGCAGGUGGAGCAGCAGAACUGGGCACAGGGCUAUAUGCCCCUCAUGACGAUGUCUCCGAUCCCAGUAGCAGGUACGACACUGGGUCAUCAUCAACCGGCACGAACGAAACACUUGCAUGGCCUUUUCCCGCCGCGACCAAUCGAUGGCGCACCCAUCGCGCCCGCGCCGAGCGAGAACAGCGCGGUAGCGAAAGCUCAUCUCUCCAGCCCAUCAUCAUGGAAGAGUCCCAGCCCCAUGCUCACGCUCGUGACGCAAGGGGACUAGGCGGCGAUGGAUAUGGCCACAACUACGGCGGCAGCGGCAGUACUUAUGCUACACAUCACCACAAUGAGUCUGCAGAGAGUGGCAUCGGGACUUUACCGAGCCCCACUCUGGGUGCUCACGAUGAUGACUAUCAUCGCCGAAGUCUCUUUGAGGCGAUCAGUCCCGUCAACUCUGCGCCAGAUCGGCGGGGUCAACAUCAUUGA